AUGAUUAAUAAUUUUAUAUCUCCACAAACUAACGAUCCCAUCAAGAAACUACAGAAUUUGCUAAACAAUUGUUUACACUCAAUAAUAGAUGUUUUUAGUAACUUAUCUUAUACUGGAGAGUUUAAGGAACUCGAAAUCGUUCCAGAGCAUUUGAGUGAAUAUUGCCAUUUUACCAAUUUGAUAGAAAAACAAAAAAAAAAAACUGAAGGGAAAGAAAAUGGUGAAUUAGGGGAACAUGACGAAACGGUGAAUGUAACAGAACAAACUCAGGAUGUGGAAAAAAAAUAUUUUAUAAAACCAAAUUUCGAUAAAUCUACAGAAGACGAAAUUUUAGAUCGAGUAGAAAGAAUGAAUUUGAUUUUAACAAUGAUAGACCAAUCUAUUGAUGAGUUGCCAGAUUCAGAAAUUAAUGAGGAUAAAGUAUGCAAAGAAAUGAAACGACUCCAAAAAAUAAAAGAUGAUUCUAAAGAGGAAUUGAAAAGGCUUUAUAAAGAAUAUGAUUAUAUUUAUAAUUAUGCUACCGAACAUUUACGAAGUUUUAUUGUUAAUAUUGAGGAAUAA